UCCGUUUGAACUUCUCCACUUCCCCUAUUUUUCAUUUCGUAAAUAUUAGAUUUGACAAUACCAGCUAGCAAGUUAGCUACCUAGCUAGCUAGACAGUUUACGGCCCCUUCGUUUACGCCAUUCUUUCGAUCAAUGCUUUCAAUGGAAGAACCCGAUGAGCCACAACGUGCGUUUCCAGAGUCUACAAAUGAGAGGCCGAAAAGAAAAGCCAGUCACAAGAAAAACUAUGUUAGCGCGGAGUCACCGCCCGGGAGUAACGCCACGAAACGGCCUCCUUUGAGAAGAGGAAGUUCUUUCACAUUUCGAACACCAGGUCCCCAAUGGGACUUCAGCUUGAAACGGAAGCGUCGAGAGAAGGAAGAUGAUGCAGUCAGUCUGUGCAGCUUUGAUUUUAAGGAACCCAGUACUAAGCGCGUGCGGCCCUUGGGCCGAGUCACCUCGCUGGCGAACCUCAUCUCCCCCGUGAAGAAUGGGGCCGUCCGUCGCUUUGGCCAGACCCUGCAGGCAUCGUUCCGUGGCGACGGGCGGUCCCCGAACGUGCUCCAGCAGAAGGCCUGCAGCAAGGCGGCGGCGCCCACCCCGCCCAAACGCCGCAACAGCACACUCUGGUCUGAGACCCUGGAUGUGCACCAGAAGGGAACCUUCUCCACCAAGGAGAUCAAGAGGCAGGAGGCAAUUUUUGAGCUGUCUCGAGGAGAGCAGGACCUGAUUGAGGACCUCCAGCUUGCCCGCAAGGCAUACCACGACCCUAUGCUGAAAUUGUCAAUCAUGUCCGAAGAGGAGCUCACAGCCAUCUUUGGAGAUCUGGACGCUUACAUCCCACUCCAUGAAGAUCUGUUGGCUCAGCUGGCUAAGGCUACAGGCCCUGAUGGCACAGUGGGAGAGAUCGGCCAAAUCGUGGUCAACUGGCUGCCCAGGCUGAACGCCUACCGGGCGUACUGCAGCAAUCAGCUGGCAGCCAAGGCCCUGUUGGACCAGAAGAAACAGGACCCGCGGGUCCAGGACUUCCUGCAGCGCUGUCUGGAGUCGCCAUUCAGCAGGAAGCUGGACCUGUGGAGCUUUCUGGACAUCCCCCGCUCCCGUCUGGUCAAAUACCCGCUCCUGCUCCGAGAGGUCCUACGACACACGCCGCCAGAGCACCCAGACACCGCCAGCCUCGAGCAAGCUGUGAGCAUCAUUCAGGGUGUGCUGUCUGAUAUUAACAUGAAGAAAGGGGAGUCGGAGUGUCAGUACUACAUCGAUAAGCUUGAGUAUCUGGAUGACAGGCAGAGAGACCCACGCAUAGAGCAGUGCAAGAGUCUGCUGUGCCAUGGUGAACUACGCAACAAGAGUGGCACGAAACUGCACGUGUUCCUGUUCACCGAGGUCCUGGUCCUGACGAGGCCUGUGACACGCAACGAACGCCCCUGUUUCCAGGUGUACCGGCAGCCCAUCCCCGUGCAAGACCUGGUUGUGGACGACCUGCAGGAUGGCGACGUGCGCAUGGGCGGCUCCUUCAGGGGUGCUUUCAGCACGGCUGACCGAGCCAAGAACAUCUUCCGCGUGCGCUUCCAGGACACAGCACAGGGCCAGUCGCACACGCUGCAGGUCAACGACGUCUUCCAUAAGCAGCAGUGGCUGAACUGCUUGCGUACUGCCAUGUCAGUCUACCAGAGUGAGGCCCCCACUGACGCCAGCUCCAAGCGCCGCUCCUCCACAGCAUCCACCAUCAUCCACAUGGAGGAGACUGACGAGAACCAGCCUCAGAGCGCUGCCUCGGCCCCCAGCUCACCACGGAGCGAACAGCCUCCUAGCCCCACGCCCUCAGUCACCUCCACCCUGUCUACCUCCUCCACCUCGUCCUCCUGCUCGUCUUCCUCUUCCACCUCACCUCGUAAAUCCAAAAAAGACAAGCGUGCACUGUGCUCCUUGGGCAAGAGGAAGGAGACCAUGGUGUAGAGGACUUGAAGAUUCUACCAGGACUACACACACUGCAGGGAGGCGAUGAGGCCUCGCCCAGUGGACUUGUAUUUAUGUGUGUGAGAACUGGUUCUGCAGCAGUGUUUUGUGUUACUGUCCUAAAUGGCAGCUAUAUUACUACCCCGCCCAGCCCCCAACUCUAACCCAUCCCACAGGGAACAAAUCUGUACCAAUGAGAGGCAGUAUUCCUGAGAUGGACCAUGCAGGUCUCAGUGGAUUGGUUCCAGGGCUUUUCUCUCACUCACUCGCACGCUCGCGCGCGCGCACACACACACACACACAUUUACUCAGUGACUGUUGUGAGGGCGAGCAAGAGAUCGCAUACCUAUCCCUGUUUACUGUUUCAUUUGGUAUUGUGCUGUUUUAUUAUUGAUUUUGUUUGUAAUUAAUUUUACUUUUUUAUAUACACCAAUCAAAACUUUACUGUAGCUCUUUUCAUUGAAACAGCACUGUUUAGCUUUUAUCUGGAAAAUUUAAGAUACACAAGAAAAGCAAAAAGGGAAGAACACUCACUAAGAAAAAUCAGAAAUCUGAUAAAUCAGAAACAUCCAGUGGUUUGUAGAAGUCUAAUGCACAGCUCUGCUGGAAGAGUCUUAGUUCAGUACAUUCCUAUCAGACUGUUUCAUCAACCCAACCACUUUGGUUAUAUAUGACCUAUAAUGGUCAAAUAAUUGUUUUACACCGUUGAUCCAAUAGGAUUUUUUUUCUCUUUUCAAAAACCAAAAGAAAUCACGGUGAAAUUAUUGUAAUUGGCACUGUCAACAGAUCAAUAUGUGGUAUAUAAUUUUACUCAUGUAAAAUUGAAACUGAGCCAUGUUGGCUUUUUGUUAAGAAAGCUGACUUCCCACCCAAAACAAGAAAUGAAUUUUUUUUUUUUUUUCAGUGUAGCAUCUUGCAUAGAGCUUUAUUUGUGGAAUCCUACCUGCAUAAGCAGGCUGGACCAUGGCAUGUAUAUUUUUGUCUAAGCAGAGGUGUUCACUGGAACUCCUCGGUCUCUGAUCACUGACUAGGAACUUGGAUGUUGUAUGAGGGCUCUAGCUACGUUAGUGCAAGAAUUGACAGAAACGUUGAGUCAUGUUGUGUAGGAGGAAAUGGGCUUCAGUACCGUGCACUACAAUUCACCAGCAGCCAAUCUAGCUGCUGGCUUUUUGUUGUCUUGAAUGAAUGAAGCACGAAUGCUCUGUGCACUGGUGAAAAGCCAGUGAGCAUUGUUAUUAAAGAAAGAUAAGCAUGUGAAUAGAAAGAUUAAAUUGCAGAAGGUUGAAGAAUGUCAGAAUAGCAUUAAAUUAGUUUGUGUAGAAAAGAAAGGGACAUGUUCAAGUUUGCAGUGGGCUUGUAAAUGUGUGAUUGUAAAAAGAAAAACAGUAAUUAAAGGAACAAUAAAAGUCAGUGUAAGAGUUGCAUCUGAAAA